AUGGAUUCUUCGAUGACUCUCCGGCGACCGUUUCGAAGCUCUGGUUUCAUCGCGAGGUUCCAGAUUCCCAAGCCUUCGAAAACGCAACUCUUUAGAAGGAGUGAUCAAUUGUCGUUCAAUUUGACGAAGCGUGGGUGCUCCAAUGAAAUCAACAUCACUCCCGCUGCUGAAUUUCCGCGUCAAAUUCGAGGCAUGCAAGCUCUGCGAGUUAGGGCAUCUUCUGAUGAUGCUAGGUCAAUUUCAAGUGGAAGAGGCUCGUUUGGGGAUGGAAGCGACGGAUUGACGCAGCCGAGUGCGGUGGAGUUUAUCACUUCGGAGAGAGUGAAAGUGGUGGCCAUGUUGGCUCUGGCUUUAGCUCUGUGUAAUGCCGAUCGAGUUGUCAUGUCAGUCGCAAUCGUACCGCUAUCGCUUUCUUAUGGCUGGCGUCAGUCUUUCGCCGGAAUUGUGCAGUCAUCUUUUCUCUGGGGAUACCUAAUCUCACCGAUAGCGGGAGGGACACUUGUCGACAGACAUGGGGGUAAAGUUGUAAUGGCUUGGGGUGUCGCCUUGUGGUCUCUAGCCACCUUUCUUACUCCUUGGGCUGCAGAAACUUCAUUGUGGGCUUUGAUGUCCAUGAGGAUGUUACUCGGCAUUGCAGAGGGAGUAGCUCUUCCAUGCAUGAACAACAUGAUUGCAAGAUGGUUUCCUCAAACAGAACGGUCAAGAGCUGUUGGACUUGCAAUGGCGGGGUUCCAGCUUGGAAGUGCUAUUGGACUCACGCUUUCUCCCAUUUUGAUGUCACAGGGUGGUGUCUUUGGUCCUUUUGUAAUAUUUGGGUUAUCUGGCUUCCUCUGGGUUUUGGUUUGGCUAUCUGCAACUUCAAGCAGUCCUGAAAAAUCUCGCCAAAUAUCAACUUAUGAGUUGCAGUACAUACAGAAGGGGAAGGUGUAUCCUGUGGGCAAUGAUAAAGUGAACAAAAGCAAAGUGAUCCCUCCAUUCCGACAAUUGCUCUCUAAGAUGCCAACCUGGUCUCUGAUAAUUGCAAAUGCAAUGCACAGCUGGGGUUUCUUUGUAAUCCUUUCAUGGAUGCCUAUUUAUUUCAAGACGAUCUAUCAUGUGGAUCUUAGACAUGCAGCAUGGUUUAGUGCUGUUCCUUGGAGUAUGAUGGCAGUGGCUGGGUACUUUGCCGGUGUUUGGUCUGACAUGAUGAUUCAAAGGGGCAUAAGUGUUACAUCAACUCGGAAGAUCAUGCAAUCAAUUGGUUUUAUCGGCCCUGGUUUGGCUCUCAUCGGCUUAACUAUGGCAAAAAGACCUACCAUUGCGUCUGCUUGGCUAACUCUAGCAGUUGGGCUUAAAUCCUUCAGUCACUGUGGCUUCCUAGUGAACCUUCAGGAAAUCGCACCCCAAUAUUCUGGGGUACUGCAUGGAAUGUCAAAUACUGCUGGUACAUUUGCUGCCAUUUUCUCUAUUUCGCUGCUGCUCUUUUCUACAACGCGUUUUCAACUGUUGCUUCAGGAUUGUAAAUUGGUAGCUUACAGGAAUGAGAAAGGAUCAAGAGUUAGGAUACAUGUAAAUGAUCGCCCUUGUCGUUUAUCAAACCUUGUUUGUGAAAGACCCUUUUUAUUAACAAAAAAUACAAUCCGCCGGGGCCAAAUCAGAAACCAGAGUCCUAGUCCCUUUCGAGCCCCGAGUACUCAAAAUACCCAGUCUAAUAAAUCUGCUUUUAGUUUCAUCAAAGUUGCAGCAAAGAAAUUUACUGGGCUAAUCACUGGGAUAUUCUUCAGUCGGAAGAACAAGGAGAUCAACCCAAAUUUUGAUCGAGUUCCUUCCAACAUUAAACCUCCAGGAUUUUCCUAUUCAACAGAUGCUUCUGGUACAACAAGAAGCAACAGUAAAUCCUCUUCCAGAAGCAGAUUCUCCCACUUUUCUCGCGACUCUUCUUCUUUCUCGGCUUCAUAUUUUAUACAGAUUGGUUCGCUUCAGACAUCCUUUGAUGAGAUCUGUAAGGCCACUGGGAAUUUCUCCCCUGCUAAUAAGAUUGGUGAGGGAGCAUUCGGGACUGUUUACAGGGGAAAGCUUAGGGAUGGGUCAUUUGUUGCUGUAAAGCGCGCAAAACAGGAAAUCUAUGACCACCGCUUAGCUGCAGAGUACAAGAAUGAAGUUAAGACUCUAUCAUUGAUCGAGCACCUCAAUUUAGUGAGAUUCUUUGGGUAUUUGGAGCACGGGAAAGAACUUAUCAUCAUUAUCGAAUAUGUCAGCAAUGGAACCCUUAGAGAACACCUAGAUGGGCUACAUGGAGAUGGACUUCAAAUGUCAGAACGCUUGGACAUUGCAAUUGAUGUUGCUCAUGCAAUUACCUAUCUGCACACCUACACAGAUCCUCCAAUUAUCCACAGAGACAUCAAAGCAUCAAACAUACUGAUCACUGAAAAGUUCCGUGCAAAAGUUGCUGACUUCGGAUUUGCACGUAUAGCAUCUGAUCAAGAUCUUGGAGCGACACACAUUUCUACUCAAGUUAAAGGAACAGCUGGCUAUUUGGAUCCUGAAUAUCUCAAGACAUACCAGCUCACAGAAAAGAGUGAUGUGUACUCCUUUGGUAUAUUACUUGUGGAAAUGGUGAGUGGAAGACAUCCAAUUGAUCACCAAAGCAAAAGCAGUGAUACAAGAGUAACCGCGAGAUGGGCUCUGAGAAAAUUAAAAGACAAGGAAGUUGUGGUAGUAAUGGAUCCAAGAUUGCAAAGAAAUCCAGCAUCGAUUGAGGCAGCUGAGAAGGUACUAAAACUUGCAAGAGAAUGCAUUUCACCUUUGAGGCCGUCGAGACCUUCCAUGAAGAAAUGUGCAGAGGUAUUGUGGGAAAUUCGGAAGGAAUUUAAGGACAUAAGUGCAGCAUUAACGGCUUCUGCAUCUCACAACUCAGGGGGUAGAAGAAGAAGGGACUUGCAGGAUCUGUAUAGCAUUGCAGACAGUGACUACCACAGAGUUGUUAACUCUGUAUGA